AUGGCUCAGGUGGCAUACUCUGAUGAGACAGAGUCAAAGAAGAUUGAGUCAGCCGAGCUUGGAGGAAGCACAAGAACCUCAUUCAGAAGUCACGAGCCUAGUUUUCAUAGGCUUUCAACUGGGAAUGCCAACCAUCGUAGAAAUGAAAAUGAAGAAGACGCAUCACAAUGCUUGGGUACUAUUGAGAGAUUACCUUCUUUUGAACGGAUUUCUACUGCUUUAUUGGAGGAGAAAGAUGGCACAAAUGGAAAAGGAGAUGCAAUGGGGGGAAAGGUUGUUAAUGUUGCCAAACUUCGAGCUCAAGAAGGGCAUGUGUUCAAUGAAAAGCUGAUCAAGCACGUUGAAAAUGAUCAUCUCCGAUUGUUGCAGAAACUUAGGAAAAGAAUUGACAUCGCUGGUAUACAAUUGCCCACCGUAGAAGUGAAAUACAGAAAUGUUUGUGUUGAAGCAGACUGCGAGGUAGUUCGUGGCAAACCUCUUCCCACUCUGUGGAGCACUGCUAAGAGCAUUCUCUCUGGGUUUGCCAAUCUGUCACGUUCGAAACAAAGAACAAAGAUAAGCAUCAUAAAAGAUGUCAGCGGCAUCAUUAAGCCAGGAAGGAUGACUUUACUGCUUGGCCCUCCAGGUUGUGGCAAAACCACUCUGUUGAAGGCUCUCUCUGGGAAACCUAGCAAUUCUCUCAAGGUUGCAGGGGAAAUAUCUUACAAUGGUCACAGAUUGGAAGAGUUUGUUCCUCAGAAAACCGCAGCUUAUGUAAGCCAAUAUGAUUUGCAUAUACCAGAGAUGACAGUGAGGGAGACGGUUGAUUUUUCAGCACGCUGUCAGGGCACAGGAAGCCAAGCUGAGAUCUUGAUGGAAAUCGGUAGAAAGGAGAAGCAGGCAGGGAUUCUCCCAGAUACUGAUUUGGAUACAUACAUGAAGGGAAUAUCGGAAGAAGGAGCGAAAAUUACCCUUCAAACAGACUACGUUUUGGAGAUUCUAGGACUUGAUAUUUGUGCCGACACAAUGGUCGGGGAUACUAUGAGAAGAGGUAUCUCAGGUGGACAGAAGAAAAGACUAAGUACAGGAGAAAUGGUUGUGGGUCCAAUGAAAGCCCUAUUCAUGGAUGAAAUAUCAAAUGGCUUGGACAGUUCGACCACUUUCCAGAUUGUGUCCUGUAUGCAGAAUUUGGCACAUAUUACCGAUGCCACUGUGUUGAUUUCACUUCUUCAGCCAGCACCAGAGAUCUUUGACCUCUUUGAUGACAUCAUGUUGAUGGCAGAAGGAAUGGUUGUUUAUCAUGGCCCACGUUCUAGUGUUUGCAGAUUCUUCGAGGACUCUGGGUUUAGGUGCCCUGAGAGAAAAGAAGUUGCAGACUUCCUUCAAGAGGUUAUCUCUAGAAAAGAUCAAAGGCAGUAUUGGUACUGCACAGAACAACCUCACAGUUAUGUUUCUGUAGAACAGUUUGUUAAGAAAUUCAAAGAAAGCCAGCUUGGUCAGAUGCUAGAUGAGGAGAUCAUGAAGCCAUUUGAUAAGUCUAAUAGCCACAAGACUGCUUUAUGCUUCAGAAAAUACUCAUUAUCGAAAUGGGAACUGUUCAAAGUUUGCAGUACGAGAGAAUUUGUUCUCAUGAAGAGGAAUUCUUUCAUUUAUGUUUUUAAAUGUACACAGCUAGUGAUCAUUGCUUCAAUAACAAUGACUGUCUUCCUGCGCACAAGGAUGGCUGUUGAUGCGAUCCAUGCAAGUUAUUACAUGAGCGCUUUAUUCUUUGCAUUGACUAUAUUAUUUUCUGAUGGAAUCCCAGAGUUGCAUAUGACUGUAUCCCGACUUGCAGUUUUUUACAAGCAGAGAGAGUUAUGCUUUUACCCUGCUUGGGCUUAUGUUGUUCCCACAGCUAUCCUUAAAGUUCCACUUUCUCUCGUGGAAGCAUUUGUUUGGACAACUCUUACUUAUUAUGUUGUUGGUUACAGCCCAGAGUUUGGAAGGUUCUUCCGCCAGUUCCUUCUACUCUUUCUGGUACAUUCAACAUCAAUAUCCAUGUUUCGCUUUGUCGCCUCCCUCUUCCAAACUAUGGUUGCUUCAGUGACAGCUGGAGGACUCGCUUUAUUGAUUACUUUACUAUUUGGUGGCUUUUUAAUCCCAAAGCCCUCUAUGCCUGUGUGGUUGGGAUGGGGAUUUUGGAUUUCUCCGUUGGCGUAUGGUGAAAUAGGCUUAAGUCUGAAUGAGUUUCUUACUCCUAGGUGGGCAAAGACCGUGUCAGGUAACACAACCAUACGACAGCAAACUCUGGAAAGCCGUGGAUUGAACUUUCACGGCUAUUUUUACUGGAUAUCAGUUGGAGCUUUAAUUGGGUUGACAGUGCUCUUCAACGUUGGCUUUGCUUUGGCUUUAACCUUCUUGAAAUCCCCAGGAAACUCUCGAGCUAUUAUUUCUUAUGAAAGAUACUAUCAACAGCAAGGAAAACUAGAUGAUGGUGCUUCUUUUGACAUAAACAACGACAAGAAGACCCUCACCUGUGCAUGUCCUAAAUCUAGUCCAGGAGAUAAAAAGGGAGGGAUGGCUUUACCUUUUGAGCCCCUUACUAUGACAUUUAAGGAUGUGCGGUACUAUGUUGAUACUCCUUUGGAAAUGAGAAAACGUGGUUUUCCACAGAAGAAGCUCCAGCUUCUUUCAGACAUUACUGGUGCAUUCAGACCUGGUAUUCUUACAGCAUUAAUGGGUGUUAGUGGAGCCGGGAAAACAACUCUUAUGGAUGUUCUUUCCGGGAGGAAAACUGGAGGCACUAUUGAAGGAGAGAUUAGAAUUGGUGGGUACCCAAAGGUUCAGGAUUCAUUCGCUAGAGUAUCAGGUUACUGCGAACAAACAGACAUACAUUCCCCCCAGAUUACUGUAGAAGAAUCUGUGAUAUAUUCUGCUUGGUUGCGGCUUCCUCCUGAAAUUGAUACGAAAACUAAAUAUGAAUUUGUAAAUCAAGUCCUUGAAACUAUCGAGCUUGAUGAAAUCAAAGAUUCUUUAGUAGGCAUUCCCGGAAUUAGUGGUUUAUCAAUUGAACAGCGUAAACGACUGACAGUAGCUGUGGAACUUGUUGCCAAUCCAUCCAUCAUAUUCAUGGAUGAACCGACUUCAGGUUUGGAUGCAAGAGCAGCUGCGAUUGUUAUGAGAGUAGUGAAGAACAUAGUUGAAACAGGAAGAACAAUUGUUUGCACCAUCCACCAGCCAAGUAUAGAUAUCUUCGAGGCAUUUGAUGAGUUGAUUCUUAUGAAAAUUGGUGGACGCAUAAUAUAUUCAGGACCACUGGGUGAGCGGUCAAGCAAGGUCAUUGAGUAUUUUGAGAAUAUUCCUGGAGUGCCUAAGAUUAAGAACAGAUACAAUCCAGCAACAUGGAUGUUAGAGGUUUCUUCUAAAACUGCAGAGGCUGAUCUUGGUGUUGAUUUUGGUGAAGCUUAUGAAGGCUCCACCCUAUAUGAGGAGAACAAAGAGUUGGUUAAGCAAUUGAGCUCACCAACUCCUGGCUCAAAAGACUUGCAUUUUCCUACCUGUUUUCCGCAGAAUGGCUGGGAGCAACUCAAAGCAUGCUUGUGGAAACAGCACUUGUCUUAUUGGCGAAGUCCUUUGUAUAAUCUUUUGCGCAUUGUCUUUAUGUCCUUUGGAGCUCUCCUGUUUGGCCUACUGUUCUGGCAGCAAGGAAAUAAAAUAAACAACCAGCAAGACUUGUUCAGUAUCGCUGGCUCGAUGUACUCUAUAAUAAUAUUUUUCGGCAUAAACAAUUGUUCUCCAGUCCUAGCAUUUGUUGCAAGAGAGCGGACUGUUUUCUACCGUGAAAGAUUUGCAGGAAUGUACUCUUCAUGGGCCUAUUCAUUUGCACAGGUGCUGGUUGAGGUUCCAUACUUGCUCAUUGAAGGGAUUCUUUAUGUGAUCAUCACAUAUCCUAUGAUUGGCUACUCCUUGUCUGCCUGUAAGAUAUUCUGGUCUUUCUAUAGCAUGUUUUGUAUGCUGCUGUUUUUCACCUACCUAGGAAUGCUGCUCGUAUCAUUGACACCGAACAUUCAAGUCGCCUCCAAUUUAGCUGCGUUUGCGUACACAACGCUGAAUUUCUUCUCGGGGUUUAUCGUGCCGAAACCAUACAUCCCAAAGUGGUGGGUUUGGUUGUAUUAUAUAUGCCCCUCAUCUUGGACAUUAAAUGCUAUGCUCACCUCGCAGUAUGGAGAUGUGAACAAAGAAAUAUCAGUGUUUGGAGAGACGAUGACUGUUGCUGAUUUUGUAGGUGAUUACUUUGGGUUUCACCACAACUUUUUGGGUGUUGUCGGUGUUGUGCUAAUCAUCUUUCCCAUUAUUACUGCAUCUCUUUUUGCUUAUUUCUUUGGAAGACUGAACUUCCAGAGAAGGUAG